AUGGCGAGCAAUUCACUCAUCUUCGUGUUUGCACUUGUGAAGAAUGUCGUGGACCUUUUCGUCCGGAGUCUGCUAAGUUCACCGCGGUUUGAGCCCGUGGCGAUCACUGUUGCAGCCACUGUGAUUGUUCUGACGUCGUUCGUCUUCAUCCACAAAGCAGCCGAGAAGUCCAUCCGCCAUUUCUUAUCGAGUAAGCCAGAGCCACCUCACGAUAAGGCCGCUGGUGUUAUCACUGCAGUUAUCACGAUGAUCACGGAGAUGGAACGCAUGCUCCACUCGGCCUGGAUUCUCAAGUCAGCGGUAUCAGGUGCAAUUGAAGUUGUUCACCGGAACAGCUUCAAUGACAUGCUAUGCAACCCCAGACAGCUUACAUCAUCGCGGCUGUCAAGCCAAAUGCUUGGUACAUCGAUCCCGCUGGUGCAGUCGUGA